GUGUCCAGUACUGCUCUUAUGGUGGCGUGCGAGCUGGGAGUAAUAUUCACAGGAUAACAACCCAGAGGAAUGCUCAGUGUGUUUUAACAAUUAUGAUGACACUCUGCUACGGCCUCGCAAUCUGCCUUGUGGCCACACAUUCUGCUCCCAGUGUAUUGACAAUGCUAUCAAGAAUGGUCAGCUGAACUGCCCCAGCUGCUGUGCCCAGCACACUGCCACAUCUGCUACUCAGUUCCCAAUUAGUUAUGGUAUGGAGGCCUUUAUCAGAAAACUAAAUGGUAUGGAGGCCUUUAUCAGAAAACUAAAAGGUAUGGAGGUUGUGCCAGCGGAAACGGUACCAGCAAAACCCAAUAAAGCUCCCACCAGAGGCAUCAGUAAGAAGUUACGUUCCCUGGUGGAGGAGCAGAAGAGCAGCAUCAGCAGCCUCAUUACCAGCUGUGAAGAGGUACUGUCCCAGCUGGGUGAGUACCGGGGGCAGCUGGGGGACUGGAAGACUCAACACCUCCAGCUCCAGGACAGACUCUAUGAUCUGGUAGAGCAGAACAAGUCAGCAAUGAAGCUCUUGGAACUGGAGGAUACCAGUGUGGUGGAUAUGACAACACAAGGAGAGGAAGGGAAGACUCAGCUGCAGGCCAUGUUGGGGAGCCUCGACACAGUCAACACAGCACAGGAAGUAUUCAUGACCAUCAACGAAGUUGACCAAUGCAACAUGGAGGUAGAAGAUUGGCUCCAGAAGUGCCAGGAACUCUUCCCAGAUGUCAACACUGUCCACACCUCAGUGAAGGUGCAGGAGACCAUCAGGGAGGCCCUGGAGAUGACGACCACAGAGACAGGUGCCACAGCUGACCCCGUACACCUGGGAGACUCAGACUCCAGCAUCAUGACUAAAGUUAAGGAAAUCACUGCAGAAAUCCCCCAGAAGGAAAUAACA